GAAGGAAUGGAGAAACUCAGGGUUUUCAACCCUGACAUUCUCGAAUUGGUCCUAUCGAAGCUGCAGACUAAGGAUUUGCUUCGGAUGAAAUGCGUUUCCAAAAGUUGGAGGGAUCUCAUCCGCGACCGUUCUUUCGCGCUGCGACAUUCGCGGCUGAGGCUGCCGCCGGUGUCCGGAUUCCUUUUCCAAAAGAACCUUGAAUGGGAGGGGUUGGGUGUCUCUGCCGUGAGUUACAUUUCGGCGGAGAGGAAAGAAGAAGAAGAAGAAGAAGAACCACCAAUGCUUCUCAGCAACAUUGUUGAUUCCAUGCCGGCCGAUUUUAAGAUGGUCUCUUCCUGCAAUGGCUUGAUUUGUUGCACCCGCUACUCCGCUGAAAAUGAUACCUUCGCUAUCCGUGUGGGGAACCCUUUAACUAGAGAAUGGUUUGAAUGUGAUUGGAAGCUGUGUGCUGGCAGGGCGUUUGCCAUUGGGCUGACUUUCAAUCCUUGCCGUGAUCUUACCAACAAUUCGACGAAUUUCAAGGUGGUUCUGGUGCAGGAGGCAGUGGACAGCAUUGGCAAAACAUGUUUUGGGUUUUAUGCGUACUCGUCUGAGACUGGAACUUGGAGGCUUUUGGAUGUAGAUGUAACUCAUGUAAGUGGCGACGAUAGGUUCCCGAUGGGGGAUACCAAAUGUGUGUCUGUUAAAGGGUUCCUGUAUUGGUCGACCGUUUCUGGGAUCCUUGUGUUUGAUGUGGAAAACGAGCUAGCUUAUGUGAUCCUUCGGCCAAUCAUGCCAAUCGUAGAACGUGACCAAAGCUAUGGAGCAUCAGUUGCCAUAAUGGGGGAAUCUGAUGGUAAGCUUCAGUACGUGAUGGUGUCCAGUGCUAGGCUGGUUAUUUGGGCUCUUGAGGAUCCCCAGGACGGCGGCAAAUGGUCACUCGCGGUUGAUAAGUUCUUUGCUGAUAUGCAGAAUGAUCUUGUUCGUUCUCUCUGUCUGCAAAGGGAGGAAAGGAGUUUUUCGAUGUGGGGUUUUCCAUUCGGAUUCAAGGAUGGUUUUAUGGUACUGAGGGUGACCUCGGAUACAAGGAAUAAAGGAGCUAUUUACUUGUACAACACAAGGGACGGUGGAUUCAGCCGUUUUGCAGAUGCAACGGGGUUUUCUACCAAGGGCGGCGGAAUUACUCCCUGUGAUGUGCUUCCGUACUCAAUGAGUUUGGUUCCUUUAAAUCGGCCAUGA